CUGGGUCGGGGGCGGUCGGAUACCCGCGGCCAUGGGUUUGAUUGCCAUCCCUAGUUAUAGUUGAGUAGUGAAUAGUGCCAGUUUGUAAAGUCAUUUAUUGUCGGCUAUGUGGCGAAAAUUGGAGAAGCCUCUACAGCUCUGGCACAGUUAUGAGCUUUCUAUCACGCGGUUUGGAUAUCGCGUGGAAGUCCGUACACCGCCAGAUUGUGAUCGAGCCGGAUUCACAGCUUGCCAUCCAGUUACUUAGUGACAGACAUGAUCCAGUUCAUCCUUACGCCACUUUUUUAGCUGCUAUUCGUAGGAGAGUUAGUCGUGACUGGCUCUGGCUGAUGCGCAUCGUUCAUGUUUACCGGGAAUGGAACGGAGUCGCGGACUGGCUCUUAAAGCACAUGCAGUCUUGUCUAUUCCUACUGUAUACAUGAGCUUGCAUGUCAAGGGUAGUGGCCAUACUUCGGGACGAUAUUCAGGAAGUCUCUUUUGAUCGGCUGAUUGUUUCCCGCCACAAUAGCCUCUUCUUCAUCCCAUCCCCCCAUGUAACCCUCCCUUUUCUUGGCUUUCGCCCCCAUGGUUUGCCUCUUUUGAUCUGUCACUUCCUUUGGCCUCGAAGAUAUUUUACAUACAGACGAGACAAACACCCUUAUAAUCACGUCUCUCACCCUCACCCACAUAGAACAGAACCUGAACGUCGAUUCAACCAAUUGAAUGAAAAUGCAUUAAGGGACCACCGGAGAUGGACUUUUGACGAUUCCCGGUUCUCAAGUCGUGACCCAUUCCCCAACUUCUUAUACCGUACGUUCAAGGCAAAGAAGUUGCUACGUAAAUCCUUACUUGUUUUGGUGUUCUUAUACACCCACAGUGUGUAUCCCCGCCUUGGGCUACAAAGUAUCAAACUUAGAGAUCGAGGAGCUACGCCGGACAUCCAAUUAUAUAUAUGGCGGCAACCAAAAACAGCUUGCUCUGCUGCGUUCUCUUCUUCAUCACCAUCGCCGUCGUGCCUACAGCUCACGCCGUCGAUCAGUUCACCUUCAACGGAUUCAGCGGAGCUGAUGGGCAAAUCCUCCGCGACCGAGUCUCAAUUCUGAAACCCAGUGGCGCGCUGCGGCUUACCUCCACACGAACCAAAAACGCCAUAGGCCACGCCUUCCACACCCGACCGAUUCGCAUGCUCAACCGGACCUCUCCUUUCCCUUCUUCCUCUUCCUUCGCCACCACUUUCGUCUUCUCAAUCGUCUCCCCGGCUGCCGGCAAAGGCGGGUUCGGCCUCGCCUUCGUCCUCGCCCCUUCCCCUGAAUUCCCCGGCGCCGCCGCCGACCACUACCUCGGCCUCUUCAACUCAACAACCAACGACGGCGACCCGUCCAACCACGUCUUCGCUAUCGAAUUCGACACCGUCAACGGGGUCAACGACACCAGAGACACCGACGGCAACCACGUCGGCAUCAACGUCAACAGCAUGAACUCCAGAAAGGCCUCCUCCGCCUAUUUCGUCGACGACAGGAAUCAGCGACAAGAGGUUAUCCUCCAGAGCGGGGAUCCAAUUCAAGCCUGGGUGGAAUACGACGCCGUUCUCAAGCGCGUUGAUGUCACCGUCUCCCCCGCCGGCAAUCGCAAGCCAACCACUCCCCUGCUUUCCGAAUCCCUGGAUCUAACCCCCGUCGUCAGGGAACUCAUGUACGCCGGCUUCUCGGCGUCCACCGGGGAGAAAGCGAGCGCACACUACAUCCUCGGGUGGAGCUUCUCGGCGAAUGGAGACCUAGCCCCGCCGCUCAACAUCUCCCUGCUCCCCUCGCCGCCGCCGGCGGAGGAAUCCCCGUCGCGUUUCGCACCCUCGGUAAUCGCUCUCAUAUCUGCUCUGUGCGCCGUCACCGUGAUUCUGUUGGCGGUGCUGAUUUUCGCUACUCUGUACAAAAGAGUAACGAUGCGAUUCGAAGCUCUCGAGGAUUGGGAAUUGGAGUGCCCUCACAGAUUUCGCUACCGAGAUCUGUAUUCCGGAACAAGAGGAUUCAGCGACAGCGAGAUGAUCGGGAUAGGCGGAUUCGGCGCAGUCUACCGAGCGAUUAUCCCCAAUUCCGGAUCUCUACUCGCCGUGAAGAAGAUAACCCCCAAUUCGAUCCAAGGGAUUAGGGAAUUCGCGGCGGAGAUCGAGAGUUUGGGGAGAUUGCGGCACAAGAACUUGGUGAAUCUUCAAGGUUGGUGUAAGCAAAGGAGCGAUCUCCUUCUCGUCUACGAUUACAUUCCGAACGGGAGCCUGGAUUUCUUCCUCUACGGCGGCGGGCAGCGAGGUUUGAGCUGGGAGCAGAGGUUUAGGAUUUUGAAAGGGAUUGCCGCGGGGUUGCUUUACCUGCACGAGGAAUGGGAGCAGGUUGUGAUCCACAGGGACGUCAAGUCCAGCAAUGUGUUGAUCGACGGCGAGAUGAACGGCCGCCUUGGGGACUUCGGGCUCGCCAGGCUGUACAACCAUGGAACGGCGUCGCACACGACCAAUGUCGUCGGGACGGUCGGGUACAUCGCACCCGAAUUGGCCCGAACAGGGAAGGCGUCGACCCGGUCCGACGUGUUCGCGUUUGGGGUUCUACUGCUGGAAACGGCGAGUGGGCGGAGGCCGAUUGGCGGCGGCGGCGGCGACGACGAUAGCUUUAUACUAGUGGACUGGGUGACGGAGUGCCUGCAAAUGGGGAGUGUUCUGGACGCGGCUGAUGCACGACUGGAGCGGCGGUAUGUGGCGGCAGAGGAGAUGGAGAUGGAGAUGGUUCUAGGGUUGGGGCUCAUUUGCUCGCACCCAAGGCAGGAGUCUAGACCCACGAUGAGACAAGUGGUGAGGUAUCUGAAUUGCGAAGACCAGCUCCCAACUGUCGACCGGCGUGGGUACACCGAUGACGACGCUCUUGGAAGUGCUCGCCGGGUGAACUCAAGAUUGUUGGAGGUGGUGAUGUCUACUGCGCCUGAUCUUGGCAGCGACAUGUAUAGCUCUUCAUCUAUCAGCGGUGCAUCGACUAGCUCUAUUUACAAUGGCAGAUAGCUUAAACUUUCAUACACUGUUUUUUUUUUUUUUUUGUUAGUGAUGUAUUAAGCUACAACUUUCAUCGGAUGAUUAAUCCUUUUUCUUUAUGUAAAUCAUCGGAUAGUCCUUUAGUCACAUUCUUAAUGUAUACAUUUGAACCCGACCAGCUGGCCGGAUGCAUUUUAUAAAUGGUAUAAACCGUAAAAUAUGUU